CGAGACGACGGCGCUCGCGCUCACGUCUGGCGCAAAAGGUCUGUUUUGGAGAAGAACGGAAGAUGGCGACCUCAAACAAUCCGCGGAAAUUCAGCGAGAAGAUUGCGCUGCAUAACCAGAAGCAGGCGGAGGAGACGGCGGCGUUUGAAGAAGUCAUGAAGGACCUGAGCAUUACUCGAGCCGCGCGGCUGCAGUUACAGAAGACCCAGUAUUUGCAACUGGGCCAGAAUCGUGCUCAGUGCUAUGGAGGUUCACUGCCCAAUGUCAAUCAGAUUGGAAAUAGCAACACUGACCUGCCUUUUCAGACUACAGUUUUGGAUACUAGUCGAACAACUCGGCACCACGGCUUGGUGGACCGCGUGUAUCGGGACAGAAAUCGGAUCACGUCCCCUCAUCGCAGGCCUCUCUCAGUGGAUAAACAUGGGCGCCAGAUUGACAGCUGUCCUUAUGGCUCAGUGUAUCUGUCACCUCCCCCGGACACCAGCUGGAGGAGGACCAAUUCUGACUCUGCGCUCCAUCAGAGUGCCAUGAAUCCUGCUCAGCAAGACACUUUUGUUGGCGGAUCCCAAGAACUGCAACCAAAACGAGUUGUCUUGCUCACACCUCCAGAUACAGAGGAGCCUGAAACAGAAAUGGAAAAAGACGAUCAGAAGACAUCACUACAUCCCAAAUCCCAUGAUGUUCCAGGGAUUAACAUAUUCCCAUCCCCCGAUCAAGACGUGAACGCCACAUUGAUGCCAGCUGCACACAGCACAGGUGGCUCCUUGCCCGACCUCACCAACAUCCAGUUCCCCCCUCCCCUGCCCACUCCUCUGGACCCAGAUGACCCCGUGACCUUCCCAGCCCCCAGCACCUCCAGCAGCACAGGCAAUCUCAGCACCAACCUCACCCACCUGGGCAUCAGCGCUGCCAGCCAUGUGGCUGCCUCCACCCCUGCACCUGCUGGCACUGCACUCACACUCAACAUCGAUGCCCAGCAACAGCAGCCGUGCCCACAGCAGCUCUCACCUACUCUCUCUCCCACCCUCUCACCUCAGAUGCCCAUUUCUCAGCCAAUUGUGAUGGACAGCAUGUCGUUGGAACAGCAGCUGUCCCAGUACUCGCUGCUCAGCCUGCUGAGCGAUCUGCAGAAGCAGCAGCAGACGCUGCCGCAGAACAUCCGCCUUAUCCAGCUCCCGCCAAUCACCGUCAGCUCUGCCUCCAGCCCGCCUCAGACCUCCUUGUCCAACCAGUCUCCAACAGCCACGAGUGCACCAGUCAGCUCGCAGUAUCGCAAUCAGACUGGCUCUCCGGCCAACCAGUCUCCAACCUCGCCAGUCUCCAACCAGGGCUUCUCGCCUGGAGGCUCGCCUCAACACAUUCCAGUGGUGGGAAGUAUUUUUGGAGAUUCAUUCUACGAGCACCAGAUGGCGUCCAGACAGACCAACGCUCUUUCCCACCAGCUCGAGCAGUUCAACAUGAACAUGAUUGAGAACCCGAGCAGUUCAAACAGCUUGUACAAUCCGUGCUCCACGCUGAACUACACGCAGGCGGCUAUGAUGGGGUUAACUGGGAGUCACGGCAGCUUGCAGGACACCCAGCAACUCGGCUACAGUAACCAUGGCAACAUUCCCAACAUUAUCCUAACAGUCACAGGCGAGUCGCCACCAAGUCUCUCCAAGGAGCUGAGCAGCUCGCUGGCCGGCGUGGGCGAUGUCAGCUUCGACGCGGACUCUCAGUUCCCACUGGACGAGCUAAAGAUCGAUCCACUGACCCUGGAUGGGCUACACAUGCUUAACGACCCAGACAUAGUGCUGGCCGAUCCAGCCACCGAGGAUACGUUCCGCAUGGACCGCCUAUAAAGCAAGUGAACUAAAAAAAAAAAAAAGAAAAGAAAAGAAGCUCUCUGAACAGGAGGAGGCUAGAGACUUACUCAUUGUGCAGCUGCAUGGCCACCCGGUUUUAUCAUUGCGCCCGCGGCCCUCGCUGCCCCUCCCCCUCAUGGCAUCUACAAUAGCAUGCUGCCAACAUCAAUGCCAACGUCUGGGGAAAGGAGGCACUCGAGCACAUAGUUGGACGUGGCAUUGCUAUAUCAACGCUAGCUAGUUUCUUGAAGCGGCUAGUUCUGAACCACGUCCAUUGUGCAAGUGUCUCUAUACCCCUCCUUCGGCCUACAUGUUGAGUCGCUUUUUAUUAUGUUCCUACUUGUUUGUUUGUUCUCACGUUUCUUUCCUGUAGGUUGAUGGUUACCUUUGUCAUGUCAUUUUGUGUUUAAUUAUUUAUUCUGUUUUUCAAGAAACGGUUUCUUUGUGUAUGUGUGUGUGUGCGCGUGUGUGUUGAACCUCCUGACCAAGCUAGCUUUUCCCCCAGAAAUGUUUAUUUUUUACAUACCAUUCAAUUUUCUGUUAGUACUUUUUGUUGGUUUGUUUAUUUAUGUACGUUUAUGUUCAUAUAUUUUACAGAUGAAUUGUUUACGUCAAGAUAGCAUGUCUUUUUAGACUGUGUAUGUUUUGUGUGCGUUUGUGUUAAAUCUCUAUAUUUAAAGUUUUAAAAUUAUUUAUUGAACCCUUUUUAUUUAAUACUAAGGAGUACUACUCCCCCCCCCCCCCAUCCCCCACCCCGCCCCCAAUUCUACUUUUUAUGGGUUUGGAAGAGCAGCGCCUUUGUGCUACUGUACGUACUUUAUAAUCGUUAAAACACUUAACACUAAAAACCAACAUUCACCUCUAGAAAAGCUUUUCUGCUCUGCUUUUUCUCCAUAAACAGUAAGGUGCCCAUCUGUGCUCUGGCAUUGUUAUUUUUGUAUGUUUGCUGAUAUUUUUUGCAGGUUUAAUUGCAAGUGUCAAAACGGCAGUCUUGCCUCUAUUUUUCAUGUCAGUAUUGUAAAGUGUCUAAAAAGCUACGCGUGCAUUUUCCUUGUUGCUUAUUCAGCUGCAAAUUGAAAUCAUUAAUGGCGUCUUUGACUUGUGUUUUGCAUUAAAAGGCCGUCGUUACGCAGGGCCCGAACGGUUUUAAAAAAAAUUAAGUUUAAAAAAAAUUAAAAAAACAAAAAACAACUAACUAAAGUUUCAGAAAGCUACUGAACUAAUCACUGUGACCCGACCUGAUUUUGCCUUAUGAACAAAAAAAAAAAAAAAAAAUGCUGUUUUGAAGCUGUCACUGCAACGACGAGUUUUUUAAUCGUCCCGUCAACGUUUUAUCCUCGUAUCCUAAAUGAGAUCUGAUCAUGCACAAUCAGUGGCAGUAUUGUGUUUUUAUAAAUGCAGUUUUUCACUAAAGUACUGUAUGGCAUGGAGGUUAAGUGUCGAGCUUAAACCGAUGGUGUGUUUGGUCCGAGCUGCUGGUUGAAAGUAAGGGGAGGGUACUGCUCCUUAUUCAUUGUGGUGUUUACAGCAAUGUUGUUGUUUGUGUGUGUGUGUGUGUGUGUGUGUAUAUAUUUUGUUUCAGUCUUGUCUGACAUUCACGUGAUAUAAACACAUGUUGUGUUUGAAAUGACAAGUUUUAACGACUCACGUCUUUAUAUUUAUGUACACUAUGGAUUUACAGGAAAACUGUUAUUCACUGUUUUAUUGCACUUGAAAUGAAUGAGUUAAUUCAGUUUAAGUGUUAUAAACCUGCUUUAUGCAGCCUGGACAUUAAAGCACUUGGCGACUGCGCCAAACUACUUUGGUACCAAAAUCCUGGUGAACAUAGUGCUGUUAAUUAUUCAUGAACAAUUUUAUUGGCAGCAUUAUUUAAAAAAAAAUGUAUUGGCUUUUGGUUGUAUUCAGUAGGAGUUUAUUGACAGAUCACCAAAUUCAUUUCUGUUUUUAACAACAGUGUGGUUAUAUCAGUUAAAUGAAUUCAGCCAAGAGGUUUGCUCUGUGUGAUUUAUGCAAUGCAGUCUGUUAGUAAUAUAGACAGUGACGCGUUGUUGUGUGUUGUUAUUAUUGUUGUUUUGGUUCAUCGCAUUAGACUGAAAUGAAAGGACCUGUUACUGCAAAA